AUGUCGAAGCUGAGGAAAAAGUUUCUGGAACUUCUUCUUUGCGUAUUGAUUUUCCUCACUUGUGUUGUUGGCUAUGGAGAAGCUCAGGCAAAGAGUUUCCUUGUCGAUUGUGGCUCAAACACUUCAACGAAAGCAGACGGAAGGAUUUGGGUUGGAGAUUUGUCUCCAAACAACAGUUUAACCCUUAGCUCAACAGGAUUUGAAGCCACUGCAUCGACACCGUUAAAAAGCUCUGCCUUUUCCGAGAUUUACAAGUCCGCUCGUGUUUUCACGACGACGUUAAACUAUACAUUCUCUGGUACAGCUCAAGGAAGUGUCUUUCUUAGGCUCCAUUUCAGCCCUUUCGCCAUCGAGAACCACAAUGUGAACGAGUCUUCUUUCAGCGUGUACGCGAAUGGCCUUAGGCUGAUGCGUGACAUCAACAUCCCUGGAGAAAUCGCUCAUAAAAACCUCAUCUUGCUAAGCUCCGGCCACAAUUCCACAGCCUCUGCUCUGGUUAAAGAGUUUCUGUUACCCAUCGGACCGGAAAAACUGUUUUUAGGAUUCAUCCCGGAGAAAGGAUCGUUUGGGUUUGUCAAUGCUAUUGAGAUUGUUCCUGUUGUUGACAAGCUUUUCAAAGAACCUGUUGCUAAAGUUGGUGGAAGCGAAGUGGAGCUUGGUUUGAGCGGACGUGGGAUGGAAACUAUGUACAGGCUUAACGUUGGUGGUCCAAAGCUAGGUCCAAGCCAAGAUCAAGAACUUGAGCUGUAUCGGACAUGGGAAACAGACUCAAGCUACAUGGUGAUCGAAAACGCAGGCGUGGAGGUCAAGAACAGCUCGAACAUCACGUAUGCUUCCGCUAAUGACUCGCCUGUGGCUCCUCUUGUUGUCUAUGAAACCGCUAGGACGAUGUCAAACACAGAGGUCUUGGAGAAACGAUUCAACAUUUCUUGGAAAUUCGAAGUGGAUCCAAAUUUUGAUUACUUGGUUAGGCUUCAUUUCUGCGAGCUGGUUGUUGAUAAGCAGAACCAGAGGAUAUUCAGGAUUUACAUCAACAACCAGACCGCUGCUGGUAACUUCGACAUAUAUGCUCACGCGGGAGGGAAGAACAAAGCUAUCUAUCAAGAUUACUUCGAUCCCGUCUCUUCCAAGAACGACAUCCUCUGGAUUCAGCUCGGACCUGACACAUCCGUUGGUGCUUCUGGAACCGAUGCUCUUCUGAGUGGUCUUGAGAUUUUCAAGCUCAACAAAGAUGGGAACCUUGCUCAUCUCGUCAAGUUUGAUUCCAAUGGUCGUUCCGUAGGUGACUCGAAGAUGCGUAUUAUUUGGAUCACUAUCGGUGCGGUUAUAGCAACCAUCGUUCUUUUAGCGUUUUUGGUGACUUUGGUUGUGUGUUUGUGCAAGAUGAGGCGGAACAAAUCGAAUGACUCCAAAAGCAAUCCUCCUGGAUGGCGUCCGUUGUUCUUGCAUGUCAAUCACAGUACCGGAAACGCGAAAGCAACAGGAGGAGGCUCGCUUAGACUGAACACUCUUGCAGCAUCUACAAUGGGUAGGAAGUUUACACUAGCCGAGAUUCGUGCAGCUACCAAGAACUUUGAUGACGGUUUAGCUAUUGGCAUUGGAGGGUUCGGUAAAGUCUACAGAGGAGAGCUUGAAGAUGGAACGCUCAUAGCUAUAAAAAGAGCAACGCCGCAUUCUCAGCAAGGGCUUGCCGAGUUUGAAACCGAGAUUGUGAUGCUCUCAAGGCUUAGGCAUAGGCAUCUUGUGUCUUUGAUCGGGUUCUGUGAUGAGCACAAUGAGAUGAUCUUGGUUUAUGAGUACAUGGCGAAUGGAACUCUGAGGAGCCACCUGUUUGGAAGCAACCUUCCUCCGUUAUCAUGGAAGCAACGACUUGAAGCUUGUAUAGGCUCUGCAAGGGGAUUGCAUUACCUUCACACAGGCUCCGAGAGAGGGAUCAUUCACAGAGAUGUCAAGACGACAAACAUUCUGCUAGACGAGAACUUUGUCGCCAAGAUGUCUGAUUUCGGGCUGUCGAAAGCUGGACCUUCCAUGGACCAUACUCAUGUCAGUACAGCUGUGAAAGGGAGUUUCGGGUAUCUUGAUCCGGAGUACUUCAGGAGGCAGCAGUUGACAGAGAAGUCAGAUGUUUACUCAUUUGGUGUUGUGUUGUUCGAAGCUGUGUGUGCACGAGCUGUUAUAAACCCGACUUUGCCUAAAGACCAGAUCAACCUUGCGGAAUGGGCUUUAAGCUGGCAGAAACAGAGGUCUCUCGAGUCAAUCAUCGACCCGAACCUGAAGGGAAACUACAGUCCUGAGUCGUUGGAGAAGUAUGGGGAGAUAGCUGAGAAGUGCUUAGCGGAUGAAGGAAAGAACAGGCCAAUGAUGGGAGAAGUUUUAUGGCACUUGGAGUAUGUUUUGCAGCUUCAUGAAGCUUGGCUGCGCAAACAGAAUGGAGAAAACUCGUUUUCGAGCAGCCAAGCAUUAGAUGAAGCACCGGAGAGCUCUUCUCUUCAAGCUUGUUCCAAUCAGGAUUCCUCAGAAAUGGAGAAGAGCCAAACUUGA